AUGGCACCAAAGGAACCUACCAAAGGUGGAAAACGCUCAUCCAAGCCGAAAGAGCCCAGGGAGUCUGAGCUGAAAAAGCUGCUCUUGCUUUUGUGGGACUGUCACAAGGCCUCUGGCGCUCAGAUUGCCGUCCCUGCCGUUGCCAAGCACUUUGGCAUCAAUCACAACGCCGCUCGUCUGAGAGUCUCACGUUUGAAGAAGAAGCUUAAUAAAAUAGAAGCUUCUACCAAAAGUGGUGGACAGGACAAGGGUGAGGACAGCGACAAGAACGGUUUUUAG